AGUACUACUUUCAAGUGAAGAGUAUCAGGAUUUGCUGAGUAAUUUUGGUCUUAUAUAUGAUAUAUAUUAUGUCUUGACUGUUUGAACUUCUUGCUGUAUCUUUGCUGUUGCCAGGCUCUGCAUCCACCCAAGAGACGUGGGAAUCCGUCCACAUAGUAACAGAGACGCUUGGAUUACUUGGCUUGAAGAACAGUCUUUGAGACAUUGAUCAGCUGAAGGGAAAUCUUUAGCCAUGUCUCGUCUUCACAGGAAACCUCAGCUAACUCGAGUGGAGAAAUUAAUCAACGGUUUAACAAAAGGACUUUCGGACAAAAGAUUUGUGGUGAAGGAGGUUGCUGGCAAGGGGAGAAGUGUGUUUCUCUGUGUGCCCUUUAUACGUAAAGAUGCCUUUGUCUUGGAGUAUGAGGGAGACUAUAUAUCAGAAAAGGAAGCCUCGCAACGGGAGAAAAUCUAUGCCGCAAAUAACGAAGGAAGCUUUAUUUUGAACUUCAGAUUUAUGGGAAAAAAGAUGGCAAUUGAUGCCACUCGCCGGUUCGACUCCUUCAGUCGUCUGCUGAAUCACUCCAUUCGUCCAAACAUCCGAUUUCAUCCUCCUCUGGUCACCGAUGUUGUCUCGGGGGUGCCCCGGAUUGCAGCUUAUGCCCUGCGGGAUAUCCACAAAGGAGAGGAAUUGACCAUGGACUAUGGCAUCGAAAGAGGAAAUAUGUCUUGGCUUCAUUGUGAGGGAAGUGCCCACUUAAGUUCUAUUGACCUUAGCUCAGAGAUGGAACCCAACGACGACACUCUUCCAGACUGCGACAUGUCUUUUUCAGUAUUUCAACCAUUGCUGUCUCCCAGAGAUUCGUCGAGCAAAUGUGUUUCACCUUCUUCCUUCUCAAGCAACAACAGUUUUACCCCUUGCAUGAUGGAGGAGCAGAGAUCAUUUCUGAACAAUAUGCUUUAUGAAGUUUUAUGA